AUGUACAUACACAGAAAUAAACACACACAGACACAUGUACAUACACACAGACACAUGUACAUGCACAGACACAUGUACAUACAUACACAGACACACAAACACACACACAUGUACAUGCACACAGACACAUGUACACACACACAUACAUGUACAUACACACAGACACAUGUACAUGCAUACACAGACACACACAAACACACACACAUAUACACACACACAGCGCCCUAUAGAAAGUUGCAGUACUUCGUUGUUCACUCACAGAGCCGGGUACUGCACUCUAGGGGGAGGCAGAGAGCACAGCACACACUCCUACCUUUGCUUUCACUGCGCUCAGCUAUUGAGCAGUCUGACGGCUCCCAGUGCCAAUGACAGAUCCGGCCUGAGCUCUGAGCCUGCUCAGCAAGACAGCCCUGGGGGACACACUCGCCCCCACCAUAAUUUUCACUCGCCAUUGGCGAGCAGGCGAGUGGAAAUUUCAAGGCCUGAAAGGUCAUUUUUA